AUGUGCUCCCGCCAGGACAAGGACCAUUGCCACAGGCAGGAGCGAGAGAGCGGUGGCUGCCACAGCUCCGGUGGAGGUGGCUGCCACAGCAGCAGCGGUGGUGGCUGUCACAGCAGUGGUGGUGGAGGUGGCUGUCACAGCUCUGGUGGCAGCAGUGGCUGCCACAGCUCCAGUGGUGGUGGCUGCCACAGCAGCGGUGGCUCCAGCUGCCAUGGGAAGCCACAAGUCCAGUGCCAGCAGCAGCAGCAGCAGCAGAUCCAGCAGCUGCCCCAGCAGAAGAUGAAGUGA